ACCAUACCCCCCUCUGCUGUAUUUUCAGACUGGAGCUGCUGAAGCUCGAUGCUCAUACCACCGAGUCGCUCCGCGUUGGACACCCACCCUUCUCCACCGCACCGCCGCCUCAGCUGGCGGAGAAUUUCCGUCUGGGUACAGGAAGAUGGUGGGAGUGACGGGAGCUGCGUUGUCUUCCCCUGGAUAAAUCGGGAAAACACAUGAAAACGUGUUUUUAUUAGCCUACUUAGGCUACCCGGACCCGGGCAAUAGGGAGGUAACCUUAACCGUCACCGAACCUUUCGAACGGAAGAGGACGCGAACGCAACAAGGAGUGGACUCUCUCUCGGGCUAUGCUUCUUCUGGGCACAUGCAUGCAGACAGCCUAAUCUCGAGCUAUCCAGACUUGAGGAAUUUAUGGAACAGACAGACAGCACAUUUCGCGAACUAUGUCUUAUUCGUUGGUAAUUGAAUAAAGGGAAGCAGGAUCAAGGAUAUAUUGUUUCUUCCUCAUGGGAAUUCGGUAUUCCUUAGGGGAAAGCAAAGAGGAGGAAAUUCACAGAAUCUCUCCAUGCACUCAAUAGUUCUUCUCUACUCCACGCGUUUACAGUCCUGGCUACUUCUGUAGCCUAUGACGAAGGAACCACGGCCUGGGGAAAAAAAGUUUCUACGCGUUGGAUACAGAAGGGAGCACAGUAGUGACGUUUCUGGAGACGUUUUUGCUUCAAUUUUAAACGGCAGUUUUUGUUUUUAAAAGCCUGUCCUGUUCAUUGGAUAGGCCUAUUCUAUGGAAAAUGUAAAUAUUCGAUAGGAAUAUUUAGUAGACAUAAUUUGACAGUUUUGUAUUUCAGUCUAUAUAUUUAAUAGACUAUUCAUACAAGGGUGGGUGUUUCUCAUAGCUUUCUGUUUUGCCAUCUAUUACCAACAAGUUUGUUCAAGACUCCAGCCUACUAAAAGGAGUUGGCUUAUAUCAGCUCAGCUGUCAUAUUUUGGGCACUUAUUUCUCGAUUUAAAAUCGCUUCUCAAGGUCUUAUAAUUACUGUAUCUGUACAGUCCCUGUCGUCUUGGAAGUGGGGAUAUUACCGAUGUAGAGAUCCGUAGAGGGAGGUCAGGAAAGGACGGGGCUGGAGCUUGGGAAUAGGCCCGGCUGUGGAAGAACUACAGACUGGGUAUGGGGGACAACAGCUAGACCGCUAAACGGACGCUGCCUACCUGGCUGCUGGUUUGGGGUGGUCGUGAACCAACCGACCCACCCACCUACCCGACAGCCAAAGCCUAACUCUUCAGCUUGGCUAGCAUAACACGAAAGUAUUCACCCACACUAGGGCUUUGAAAUAGUCAGAAAGGGAAAGGAGGAUAUGCUAUACGAGUUUAUGCUAUGAAUGUUAGCCUAUUAUUUUCAACUGUUGACUCAUGUAACUGAAACGGAAAGAGGAUAACGCUUGUUUUUUUUCCAAGGGAAAGGAACUUUAAAGUGACAUGUUUUGGAGCGCGUGCUCCGAUAAGAUAAGAAGGGACCGAAGCUGUAACUUUGUCGCAAUUUUCUAGCCAUGUGUAGCUUGUUAUUGGAAUGAGUGGGACAACAAUCUACUGUGUAUAGCCUACAACUCCUAAACAAGACACACACAAUAUGGGUCGUUUUGGACUUGGAAACAUUAUAUAAAUAAUGUUCUCUUUUCGGAUUGUAUGUGUAUUAAAAUGUAAUAAUAACAUGGGGACAUUAUUUUGAUCAUCAGUGAAGAAGACACGUGAGGACUUCUUGAGAGCGAGGCUGAGUAGGAGCCAAGCUCGAGCUGUCACUGGCGGCUGUCAAAACACUGCGCGUGGUGUGGAAUAAAAAGUGAAUAUUUGAACAGCUGAACCCAGAUUGUCUGUUCCACCCGAUAAAAAUCGUUAUAUGAUUAAAAAAAACGGAAUAUCGGGGAAGGAUGUUUAAAGAAGGGGAUAGGAAAGAGGAAAGGACUUACAAUCAUUUCAACUGCCAGAUGAGAGCGGGCAGAGCAACACACGAGUACAAAGUGGACAGCGAGGGCUUCCAAAGGCAAGGGACGAAUUAAUGGAAUGUGAGUGCUGACGUAAUACAGAGGUCGGGAUAAUGAGCUACUCAAGAGCCUGGAACGGUCCUUUUAUAUGAUCUUCCUCUGCCAGAUGUUUCACUUAGUACUGUUACCUCAUUGCCCGCGCACCGUCCGCCAUCAUUGAUCAGAUAUUAGUAUUUCCCCCUUCACGUCACUCCUCCAGCCUUCAUAAUGGCCUUGCAGCCGCUGCAACACCGGCAGCAGCAGCUUCUCCCACAUGCCACGGAGGUUAGCUGCGCCUCAAGCAGCGACGGCGCGGUGACUGUGCGGAUUAUCGACAACACUAAGCACACACAACACGCGCCGUCGCCACAGCAUCGACAAUAUCAUGACUCUCCCCCAACCCCAACGACAAGGGACAGCAAUACCAGAGGAGGAUGGAGUGGAGAAGGUGGGGCUACCACUACCGCCAAAGGAGAUCCCUCCAAACCCUGCACCAAAUACAGCAUCUCCUCCAGCUGUAGUUCAGGGGAGUCGGGAGUUCGGAGGGCUGUUAUGAAUAAGUUACACAGCCAGCAGAAGACUCUGCCCCAGUUGUUUGAGAGGUCUGCUGCCCAGUGGUGGGACCCCAAGUUUGAUUCACCGAUACUCGAAGAGGCGUGCCGUGAGAGGUGCUUCCCGCAGACUCAACGCCGCUUCCGCUAUGUUCUGUCGUACAUGGCCUCCGCCUCGCUCCUUUGGGGCGUGUAUUUCGGGGUCAACCACGACCGCUGUGACCCGGCGACCUUCCUCGCCCCGACCGCCUCCUUCCUCCUUUUCCUCCUCCUCCUCUUCCUCUUUACCUUGACAAGGACCUAUACUCACCUGUACAACCAGGCCUCGCUGCUCCUCAUUGUGGCCACAUUCGCCAUCACUCUGGCUCCUCAGAUCCAGACAGGAGGCUUCGUCUACCUGGAGAGAACCAGGGAUGGCAACCUGACAUUCCCUCGCACCCCAGGCGGAGUGGGCCCUACUCGGGCUCCCUGCAUCUCCCCAGUGGGCACCUUCUCUCUGUGUAUGGAGGUCCUGCUACUACUCUACAGUGUUCUCCAUGUGAGGCUAUAUGCUUCAGUUUUACUGGGGCUCCUGUAUUCAGUCCUAUUUGAAGCCUUAGGGUGGCUGCCCCUGCUCCAGGGGAGAGAUGGCAGUGGAGGAAAUUAUGGGGGGAAUAGGUGGGGCGAGGCUGGGGUUGGAGGUGCAGAAGGGUCCCUAGGUUCUGGAUCUAGUCCUGGAGGUCUUGGUUCUUCUAGCUCGGAAUGGGACACCCUCCGCUGGCUGGGCCCGGCUAAGGCCCUCCUCCACCUGUGUGCCCACGCCAUCGGCAUCCAACUCUUCAUCAUGUCCGAGGUGCGAUCCCGCUCCACCUUCCUCAAGGUGGGGCAGGCCAUCAUGCACGGCAAGGACCUGGAGGUGGAGAAAGCGUUGAAGGAGCGCAUGAUCCACUCUGUCAUGCCAAGGAGGGUCGCCGAUGAACUGAUGAAGCAGGGGGACGAGGAGAUGGAGGGGAACGCAGGGAAGAGAUACUCUGCCGGGGCUUGUUCGGCGUCGGCUGUGUCCACGGUCGGAGGUCCUGGGGGGGCUUCGUCGAUCGCGGCGAGCCCCAAGAACCAUCCCCAUCAUCAUAGUCAUCAUAAGAGGAAGAAGACUUCGAUCCCCAGAGGCCAGAUCAUCUUCAGGCCAUUCAACAUGAAGCGGAUGGAGCCUGUUUCUAUCCUCUUUGCGGAUAUCGUCGGCUUCACCAAAAUGUCUGCCAACAAGUCCGCCCACGCCUUGGUGGGGCUCCUCAAUGACCUCUUCGGCCGUUUCGACCGGCUGUGUGAGCUGACGCGCUGUGAGAAGAUCAGUACACUGGGAGACUGUUACUACUGCGUGGCGGGAUGUCCCGAGCCACGUCCUGACCACGCUUACUGCUGUGUCGAGAUGGGACUAGGCAUGAUCGUGGCCAUUGAGCAGUUCUGCCAGGAGACGUGUGAGACGGUGGACAUGAGGGUGGGGGUCCACACCGGCACGGUCCUCUGUGGGAUCCUGGGGAUGAAGCGAUUCAAGUUCGACGUGUGGUCCAACGACGUCAACCUGGCCAACCUCAUGGAACAACUGGGCGUCGCCGGGAAGGUACACCUAUCAGAUGCCACCGCCGGGUUUCUGGAUGAUCGCUACCAGCAGGAGGACGGGCGGGUGUUGGAGAGGGCGACGCAGGGCCUGAUGGAGAAACUGAAGGGGAUGAAGACCUACCUGAUCUCAGGGAGGAAGAUAGAGCAUGCUCAGUGUGGUUGUUCUCAGGACAUCCUGACCCCGUGCCCUCGCCCCCACACCUCUGCCCUCGUGCCUGGGGGGGCUGCUGCCCUCUGUGUGUCCUGCACUGUGAAUGGGGAGCAGACAGAGGAGGGGGCCGGACUCAAUGGAUGCCAGGAUGAACAUAAGACUAACAGCGCCAAGUUUACUCCAGGCUGCAGCCCCAGGGCGCUGAAUGGCAUUCUCAGUCCUCCACUGGAGGACUCGGUGAUGGCCAGCCAGAGCUCUCUAUGUGACAUGCUCCAGGAGAAAGAAAAGAAGACCAGUACGGGCACAGGGACGGGUACCAGCCUCGGUAUGGGGGGUCCAGGAGGGGCGGGACCGGGGGGCACAGGCAUGGACCACUCCGCCCUCAUCCCGCUACGCUCCAAGAACUUCAGGGAGAAGAGUGACGUCCAUUUUGUUGAUGUCAUCAAGGAGGACAGUCUGAUGAAGGACUACUUCUUCAAGCCUCCCAUCAACAAGCUGAGCCUCAACUUCCUGGAGAGACCUCUGGAGACAGCCUACCGCAUCAGCUACCAGGAGGAGGUGGAGACCCAGGCCCCGGUGCAGACCUUCGCCAGCCCUACCUUCAGCUCCUUCCUGGAUGUUCUCCUAUCCUGCUCUGUGUUCCUCGCCCUCACCUUGGCCUGCUUCCUGGUUCCCAUGGUCACCAUGGAGUCGCCUCCGGCAACCGUCCUGGGAUUGGCUACCGCUGCUGGUCUGUUAGAGCUGGUCUCCCUGGUGCUGUCCAUACGUAUGACGUUCUACCUGGACAACGUGUUGAGCUGUACCCAGACCUUGCUGAGGGUGGUGUCAGGCUGGAUCCCCCGUCAUGUGAUCGGGGCCGUGCUGGUCUCACUUCCUGCCGUGUCCGUGUUCUCACACCUCGCCUGCAGCCUCCACCUGCCCAUCCAGGUAACCAUGUUCCUGUGCUGUGCAGUGACCAUAGCCAUCAUCCAGUACUGUAACUUCUGCCAGCUGAGUUUCUGGAUGAGAUCUGCCCUGGCCACAGCUGUUGGUGUGGCUCUACUAGUGCUGCUCCACAGCCCACUCAACAGGACAGGCUCCAGUAAUGACAGUUCUCCAGCGAUGGGUAAUCUCACCAAUGAGACAUGGUCCACUCCAGAACCACGUUCCGACGCCAUGGACCCCGUGAGACCCCUAGACCUACUGGUCCCAGAAGCGGUACUCACCUACUUCCUCCUCCUUCUAUUGGUCUGGUUUUUGAACCACGAGUUCGAGGUCAGCUACCGUCUCCAUUACCACGGCAACAUAGAGGCCGACAAGCACCGCGUCAAGAUCCAGAACAUGCGGGACCAGGCAGACUGGUUGCUAGGCAACAUCAUCCCAAUCCACGUCGCCGAGCAGCUCAAGGUGACCCAGUCGUACUCCAAAAAUCACGACAACGCCGGGGUCAUCUUUGCGAGUAUUGUGAAUUUUUCUGAAUUCUACGAGGAAAGUUACGAAGGCGGGAAGGAGUGUUACCGAGUGCUCAAUGAGCUCAUCGGCGACUUCGAUGAGUUGCUACGGAAACCGGACUUCGCCAACGUGGAGAAGAUCAAGACGAUCGGCGCCACGUACAUGGCGGCGUCCGGGCUGAACCCUCAGCAGUGCAUUGAUGAUUCCCACCCCAACUCUAACCACCUGAGGGCGCUGUUCGACUUCGCCCUCGAGAUGAUGGGUGUUUUGGACGACUUCAAUAAAAACAUGCUAGGCUUUGGGUUUAAGCUCCGUAUCGGGUUCAACCAUGGUCCCCUGACGGCGGGGGUGAUCGGCACUACCAAGUUGCUCUACGACAUCUGGGGAGACACAGUGAAUAUUGCGAGUCGCAUGGACUCUACAGGAGUGGAGUGUCGGGUACAGGUGAGUGAGGAGAGCCACUCGGCGCUCAGCAGAAUGGGAUUAGAGUUUGACUACCGCGGUACCGUCAACGUCAAGGGCAAAGGUCAAAUGAGGACCUUCCUGUAUCCCAGGAGCACUGAAAGAGGUGGGCAGCUAUUGGCUGAACCUUGGCUACAGCCACAUCAAUUAGUUGCUGUUUUGCCCCCGGUGAAACCUGUCCAAUCACAGGCAGCCGUUGGACCCGUGGGGGAAGGGGACGCCGUUAAAACGACCAAGUCUGAUGCAGGUGCCAAUGCGCCAGCUCCUCCUCCUUUAUCCUCUUCUUACACUCCUCCCACCUCCUCCUCUUCCUCCACAUUCACCCCCCAAGCCUCUUCCAUAGGACCUCCUGGAGCUCCUUCAGGACUAGUGCCAGUUCCAGGCCCGGCCAAGCCCUGCGGGGUGAGGGCAGAUCGGGCAGAGGGGUACAGGGAUGCUCCUCCAACCCCACCAGGAAUCCCCCAAACUGGGGCUGGCCACCCCCUUGCUACGGGCACGGACCCUCACCCCCUUACGCUGGACCUAGACCCGGAGCUAGUACCCUGUACCUUGGCACAGCCUGAGGAAGAGGAGGAGGAGGAGGAAGCAAAUGAGCUGACAAAGCUCAAUAAGGAGGAUUUCAUGUCACGCCUUUGAUCCAUCAAGUGCUGAUCUAGGAUCAGCUCCCCCUUAUCCAUAUAAUCCUAUUCAUUAUGAUUUUAAAGUUGAAACUGAUCCUCGAUCAGCACUCCUUUCUCUGAGCUGAGCUGAAGACAGAAGUAGCUACAGAUACAGGUUUGUAGGGAUGGAAGGAGUUUUUUCCCCUAACUUAUCCAUUAAUCACCUUUCUGAACCAAAACAGAUGUUUUCACAUGAUGAAAUGUGACUGCAGACAGAGUGACCUUUGGACAUUGACUUGUAGUCAAGCUAUGAUGGCUCAUCACUUUUCUAUAGGAAGGGGGAGGGCUGUGUUGAGCACAGUUAUUGUGGCACAAUAUAAUGGAGGGGGAGGGAGGAGGAGGAGUAGAGAAAGGGUUUCUGCUUGUUGGUGAGGUUUUAUUUUUCUUAUGCUUUGGUUGAUAUGUAAAGAAGUGCCUUCAGGACAAGAACCGUUAACGAACAAGAAAUGAAUAUGGAACAAAAACACAAAAAAGGUUGGAACAAUCUUUAGCAUGACUUAUUUUUUAUAUUUCAAACCUAGUCUACCGAUGAUGCUGUGGUUCUUUUACUACAAGUAGUUUUUUCAAUGCAAUUUGUUUUGUUAUUGUAUCGUUAUCGUUUGUGCCAUAUUCAGUUUUUCACUUGAUCAGUUGUAGCCUAUUCGUCUGACCGUAAAGGGAAAUAAAUGACGUGCCAGACAGUGGUGGAUUAUGGGUAAGAAGCAUGGGUAGAAUAAGGGAAUGACAAAAAGCAGUGUUAUUGGUGUUUCUGCUUUGAGACAAUGGCUUAGAGUGUUUGUGAUGUGCUACAUAGACCCAAUACUAAAGGGAAAACCAACAUAGGGAUUUAUCUUCACACUGACGCUUUUUUAUGUCCAACUUUUCAGGAAGCACAUUUUUUUUAAAGAAACUUCCGUAUAGCUUCUUUAAGUGGUCUGUGGAACAUAACUGUCGGAACCAUAGGUCUCCUGACUGGGUCUCACACAACUUCUCCUAGACCUCUCCUAAAUGGAAAUGGCAAAUUGGGAUGGUAGCCUAUACCAAGCAGUCUUGACAGUAAGAAAACUGAACAAAUACGUUAUAGCACUCUCAAGUAACGAUUAUACUCUAACAAGUAUACUGAAAAAGCACAAAUCUAAAAAUUGUUUAAGGGAAUCAGUGUAGGAAAUUAAAGGGACUAUUUGCUUAUAUCAAAAUGGGAAAGCACUUAAAAUCUUUAGGGAUAAAAGUGUUAUGUGUUAAAAGUAUGACAUUCGCCAAAAGGAACAGAAUUCAUUACAAACAGUUUAUUAACAUGUUAUAACAUGUAUUAAUGUGUAUUGAAGUGAAAACUCAAGUUUGUAUGAAGUUCUAUCCAUUGUGUUAGUUGCCACAGAAACAAAUUAUUUUGACCGACACCCGAUUCAACCAAUGGCUAAUCACGGCUGUCUUUAGCUUUGUGUGACAUGCUGGUUUGAGAGGUGGGACGUUUAAUCUUUUAUCCAAUCACAGCCUCUGCAUGAGGGAGGCUCUACUGUAUUAAUGUACUUAAAAUGUGCCACUUUCAUCAAGUUAUUAUUUGGGUGCAAUGCAACCUAUAUUUUUUUCAACUAUUUCUUUUUCAAGUAAAUUUUUUGUAGUGCCUAAAAAAUAUAUUUUUUGUUGAGUUAGUAUGAUGAUGAUAGCAAUGAUGAUGAUGAUUGUAUGUUCUAUGAAAUGAUGAAUUGCCUUGAGCAGUUCCAACUGCAACUCCUGUUUUGAGAAAAUCAACAUCUUGCUCACUUGUUUUUUUUGUCUCUCUCUCUCUCUCUCUCUCUCUUUCUGUGACUGAUUCUAUGUGAAGAGUGGUGUGCCCAAGGUCUCUUCCUUGCUCCCUCGCUUUUCUCUUUUCUCUCACCUUGCCUUUUCCCCUCUUUUCUGCUCAAGCUUUUUCUUCUGAAAGAAAGGGUCUAUAGGGGAUUAUUGUGUCUUACAUUUCAGACAGAAAGUAGUAUGAAAAUCUGUAUCGUGCGCGUGUGCUUUUUUCCCCAAGUCUAUUUGACUAAGGAGAAAGAGUGAAAGUUGAAGUUGCCCCUUGGUGCUGAUCAAGGGUCAGUUUUGUGUUUUACUUCCUAAUGGUGGAUGCUCGGACUUGGAUAGAGUAAUCUGAUGAGUAAUCUUUGGGGAUACCUCUACUCUAAACUGCAGGGAGAACCAAUAAGAGCUAGUUUAAGGGUCUUUAAGUGGGCUAACAGACAAAUUAUAAACAUAUGAUGCGAAUCAAAGCAGAUGGCCUAUAACUUCAAGGUGAGUGCCCAUAACGUUUAACGUUUGGGACUUUUGUUUACCUACCACCAAUAUGUACUUCUAAUAUGUCAGUACCUUUUGCUAGACAUCUUGUGUGGAUAAAGUUUGGUGGCUUAUUGUCAGCCUUAUUGAUAUUCUUAUCCUCAAAUGCCUUUCCACUUCCAAUAACUUUGAAGCACAUUCAUAGAUUCUAUAUAUCUGACUAUAGUUAAUAAUUCGACACACACCAUUUUUAUAUUAUGAAUUAAAGUACUGUGGAUCUUUGUAUUAAAUAUUUGGAUAUAUUUUUAUUUAUCACACUUGAAAAAAAAGCCAUACUUUAUUUUUCACUUCCAUAGAAGCAGACCGUAUUUACCAUCAAUCGUGUAUCUAUUUGGUUUAUGAUUGCUUAAGUAAGUGUUUGUGCAUUGAAUCACACUUGUAUUUAUUUUGGUAGUUAGAGUGAGAUGGAGUACAGUAGCGAUUUGUAUUGAGUUUGGAGUGAAAGGGCACAGUAACCAAGACUGGUAUCCAAGGGACAAUUUUUUAAAAGGGAACUAGGCAGAAGAGGGAGGAGGGAUAUGGGCAUGCCACCCUCUUACUAAAACCUUCACCAAUACUGAGAAAUAAAAAAGGGAAUAUAAGUAAAAACUAAACUGUAUCAAACUCUGUGCUCUCUGGUAAAAUGGGAGGAAUGGGAGGGAAUGACUUUGACUUUGCUUGUUUGAGUCUGACAUUUUCACCACUUUGCUCUGUGUGUGUGUCUUUGUUCUUGUGUGUGUGUGUGUGUGUGUGUGUGUAUGUGUGUUUGCAUGGACAUACUUAGGUUUUUUGCUACCACUUCUCACCCAUACACUCCCGCCAUUGGUCAUUGAUUUCUUUAUUUGCCUCUCUUGACAUUUCUAACCAACCUUAGGGUUUGUUUGUUAGCUUUCAUGACAUGGAUAAAGCCUCCAGAAGUCUAUUUUAAUUGAGCCCAAGUAGUAUAAUUCAAAAGAAUAUAUAAUAUAUAUGCCAUUUAGCAGACACUUUUAAACAAAGUGACUUACAGUCAUGUGUGCAUACAUUUUACAUAUGGGUGGUCCUGGGAAUCAAACACCCAAUCCUGGCGUUACAAGCGCCAUGCUCUACCAACCAGGCCAUGCAGGACCCAACUGAGCCAUACAGGAUAAUUAUGCUAUACAAUAUCUAAUACGAAUUGGGAAACAAAAGCCAACAACGAACAAACUAAUUAUUCAGUAAUUAACAUAAGCUUAAACAUCAAGAAUGCAUAGAACAGAGAGAUUAAAUAUAUAUUGUUUGAACUGAACCAGUGUCUGAGCCUGUGUUUCUUUCUGAAGAAAAAGUCCUUUUACCAGGCCUUCAUAGUAAAUACAAUUGUUGAGACAAUAUAGUUUUAUUUAUUUUUACUGUUUGGGGUGCAGAUGUACUACAUAUUUGUGGGUGUGUUAGCACAUUCAAACUAUCAUCACAAGCAAAAAAAAGUUGAUAAUUCACUCGCGAUUAAAUUGCACACUCACUUUCUUUCACUGCUAUUGUAAAUUAACCAUAGUAAAUUAGCUCCAAUGUGUUAUUUCCACACUGGGGAUAACAAUAUAUAUUGAAAAAAGCCAAGUGUUUUAAUUUGUUUAUCUGAGAUGUAUGUUGUUUUUUUGCUUGUUUAUAUUUGCCUUUUUCAAUCAGUCAGUGUGCUAUUGUGUUUGUUUAUUUGUUAUUGUGCACAUUAACCAUAGCCAAUGUAUCAUUUUUAAACACGAUGAACAUAAUCUGUAUACAUUUGCACAAGGCACUCACUAUGUAUGUACAUAUGCAAUAUGUAUUUGAUGUCACAUUUAUGAUUUUGUUUCAACUUUUUGUACAUGUGCCUGAGCCAGAUUUGGACUUUUUGUGAAAAACGAUGAACAGGAGAACACUUCAAUAUCAAACUGUUUUGUCGUCUGCCUGGCUGUCUGGGUGACUGUGUGAAUGAUAUAUUACGUAUGAUCUUUCAAGGGCUUGUCAAAAUAAGUAUUUUAGAUGCUGCAAGUGCAGCAAUAUUUCUACCAUAAUUAUGACAACCAACAAUCCCCUGCAACUAGCAUAAGUACAAUAGUAAUAUAUUUUGUUCCUUAAUUCAAGAGCCUGAUGUUAAUGUGGAGACCUAUUAGGCUUAUUAGACAAUCCAAAGUCCAUCACACUGCCAUGUAUUAAAGAAGAUGGACAUUGGAGGGUUUGUUUGGGUGAUAGGAGGAGAGCAGCAUUGUGUGCCAACAUACACAGGAGAGAUGAGGCCAGUGGGAAGGUAGGCCUGGCAGGUAAAUCAAGAAAAGUACAGAAAUUAAAGGAUCCAAACUUUUGUUUACUUGUGUCAUCUUCAUUUUAGCCAUAUUUCAUGUUAGAGAAGACUGAUCAGAUAGUGACUUCGGCCUAGCUGCAUUGAUCCACACAUUUUAGUGAAUAAUUCACAAAUGUUAUUUCUCAUUUGAAUCACACUUGUAUUUAUUUUGGUAGUUAGAGUGAGAUGGAGUACAGUAGCGAUUUGUAUUGAGUUUGGAGUGAAAGGGCACAGUAACCAAGACUGGUAUCCAAGGGACAAUUUUUUAAAAGGGAACUAGGCAGAAGAGGGAGGAGGGAUAUGGGCAUGCCACCCUCUUACUAAAACCUGUAUACAUUUGCACAAGGCACUCACUAUGUAUGUACAUAUGCAAUAUGUAUUUGAUGUCACAUUUAUGAUUUUGUUUAAACUUUUUGUACAUGUGCCUGAGCCAGAUUUGGACUUUUUGUGAAAAACGAUGAACAGGAGAACACUUCAAUAUCAAACUGUUUUGUCGUCUGCCUGGCUGUCUGGGUGACUGUGUGAAUGAUAUAUUACGUAUGAUCUUUCAAGGGCUUGUCAAAAUAAGUAUUUUAGAUGCUGCAAGUGCAGCAAUAUUUCUACCAUAAUUAUGACAACCAACAAUCCCCUGCAACUAGCAUAAGUACAAUAGUAAUAUAUUUUGUUCCUUAAUUCAAGAGCCUGAUGUUAAUGUGGAGACCUAUUAGGCUUAUUAGACAAUCCAAAGUCCAUCACACUGCCAUGUAUUAAAGAAGAUGGACAUUGGAGGGUUUGUUUGGGUGAUAGGAGGAGAGCAGCAUUGUGUGCCAACAUACACAGGAGAGAUGAGGCCAGUGGGAAGGUAGGCCUGGCAGGUAAAUCAAGAAAAGUACAGAAAUUAAAGGAUCCAAACUUUU